CUGUCAGACUUCGAUUUUCGCUCAAACAAAGAACCACAGCGGCGGUGUACAUUUGAACUGCUCCGUCAUAAAAGGGAUACAGAUCUCGAAAACAAAAAGUCGAGCCCGCAGUUCUCCGGUGGCGGAAGUGACGCCAUAGGACCCAAGAUGUCGGCUCCGCUCGAGGUUGUGUUGAGCAGCGACGCGAGCUCUCAGCUUUGGAACGUGUCCGUGUUCGACGCGCACAGCGGCUCCAGCCUGCUCUCCUACCGGGGGGGCAACAGCUCGGCCCGCACGCUCUGCGUCCUCAACGGCCAGUACCUGCUGUCCGCGCAGCUGGCCAAGAACUUCAUCAACGUGUGGGAGAUCCACAGGAAGGAGCAGCUCCAGCAGAAGAUCGUUUGUCCGGGUGCGGUCACGUGCAUCAGCGCCUCCACCGACGGAAUCUUCUUGGCGGCCGGUGUGGCCGAAGCCGUUUAUUUGUGGGAGGUGUCCACAGGCAAGCUGCUGUCCGUGGUCACUCGCCACUACCAGGACGUCACCUGCGUCAAGUUCACUGAUGAUGGUAGCCAUUUUGUUUCUGGGGGGAAAGACAGUGUGGUUCUGGUGUGGAGUCUCAGCAGUGUGAUCCAAGUGGAGUUAAGCCACACCCCCGAGCCUCGCCACAUCCUGUCCCGUCACUCUCUGCCAAUCACAGACCUCCACUGUGGCAUGAUGGGAGUGCAGGCCCGUGUCGCCACCGCGUCCUUGGACCAAACUGUGAAGCUGUGGGAGGUAUCUUCGGGUGAGCUUCUCCUCUCGGUCCUCUUUGAUGUGGAGAUAAUGGCUGUGACCCUUGACCCCUGUGAGUACUUCCUGUUCUGUGGCGGAAGCGACGGGAACAUCUUCCAGGUUUCUCUGAGCACUCAGGGCGCGUCGGCCGACAAAUCGUUCCCGUGCGACGGCGCUGACGGGAAGCAGAUGUUUAAAGGUCACAGGAAGAUGGUCACCUGCCUGUCGGUUUCCACGGACGGGACGCUUCUGGUGUCGGGAUCGCACGACGAGUCGGUGCGACUUUGGGACAUUCAAAGCAAGCAAUGCGUCCGUUGCUUUGCCCACAAAGGCCCGGUGACAAACGCCACGAUCACCGUGGCUCCGGCCAAUAUGUUCCUGCCCGACUCACGCCCCUCUGUCCACCUGCCGCGUUUCAGCCGCCACCAGUUGGAGGGCGACGGCGGCCAGUCGGGCGAAGUGUGCGUCCGCCUCGGACUCCACGCUCAGGAAGAGGAGCCGGCCUAUCUGCAGAAAGCCGAGAGGCUCAAUUCCUUAAUGAACACCGUCACGGACAAGUGGCUUUUCGGAGAUGGCGAGAACACCAAAGUGCGCGUGGUAGAGUUGGAAGAGGAAGUUCAAACGCUGAAGAAGGUCAACAAAGAUUUGUACGACUUCUCCAGUCAGCUGCUGACAAAACCCACGUGAAGACUUUAGUAACGAUGACAAUUAGUGCUUUCUUUUGUGACGACAACAUUCUAGUUUUUGGUUGUUUUUUUGCCUCUCGCUUCCUGUCCACCUUGCAUCAAGUCGUGAUUCCCAGAAAUAAAACAGACAUGCGUUGGUUGGGGUUAAGUAGCAUCUUGAUCACGUCUAUCAGGGUUAGCCUUGCCUAAAGUAUGAACCCUAACCUAAUCUAGCAACCUUUUUGAAAGGGAGCGCUAUUUCUUGGGUAGCCAUUAAUGCCAAGGGUUACCAGUUUGAUGCACACUUGUGAAUGAUUAUGCUUUUAUUAAAACAGAAUGAAGACACUGA